GCAUUGUUUAGCGAACUAAGGGCAAGAGCUACCCACCCACAACUUCCUGUUUUCCUUUCUUCGUGACAACGGCCAACAACUUCCGCUAACUCGGAGAAGAUGGCGGCUGUGGUGUGACCGUUUGUUUGAGACAGGAGUGGAACUGUCAUCCUACCCAGCCACUCAAACAUUAUAUCUACCUGGGUUCUCCUGUCCUGCUUAGGAGCCUCUCCACCAUGUCUACUUUUGUAGCAUUAAAAGAUGCCUUGGCGCCGGCUGCAGUGCCCGUUCGCGGCCUCGGCGAUGGCAUGGAGAUGGAUGGGCCGCCGGCCGCCGUCGAGAGCGUUGCAGAGACUCUGCUGAAAGCCCCCACGCCCCGGCACAGCCCCAGGGCCCCACCCCCCGGGGUGCUUCACCUGGGCAAGGUGGCCAGGGAGGCGUGCACGGAGCUGGAGGCGGUGCGUAUCGUGGUCCCCCGGUCCGCCAUCUUUCACCACGUGCCCAGCAAGGGCAACCGCCUGGCCGGAGGGGAGGUGAAGGGCGAGGCACCAGCACAGGCGGAGGAGCCCCCCGCGGACCCCCGAAAGGAGGCCCAGGACUUGCAGAGCGCCCUGGACAAGCUGCAGAACUCUGAGCGCAGGCUGCUACAGGACAAGGAAGGACUGUCCAACCAGCUACGAGUCCAGACUGAGGUGAACCGGGAGCUGAAAAAGUUGCUGGUGGCGUCAGUGGGGGAUGACUUGCAGUACCAUUUUGAGCGUCUGGCUCGGGAGAAGAAUCAGCUGAUACUGGAGAACGAGACACUGGGUCUCAACCUGGCCCACACCACAGAACAGCUGGAGCGCAUGAGUAUUCAGUGCGAUGUCUGGAGAAGCAAGUUCCUCGCCAGCAGAGUGAUGGCGGAAGAGCUGACCAACGCAAGGGUAGCUCUGCAGCGACAGACCCGAGAGGCCCAGAGUGCCAUCCAGGACCUUCUGAGGGAGAGGGAGGAGUUCUCCAGGGAGAUGCUGCACACACACAGGUCUCUGGAACAGCUGCUGGUUUCACUGCAGUGGGGCAGACAGCAGAGCUAUUAUCCCAGUGCCCAGCCGCUCAGUACAGGUGAGCUGGCUGCAGCCAAUCACAAGCUUGCAGAUGCAGUGAACUCGCAUCUGCUGGGAAACGUAGGCAGCAGCAGCAGCAGCCUGAAGAGUGACCAGACCUCUGAGCUUUGCAACACUCCAGCGGAGAAAAUGGCAGAGAAGGUGCUGAGGAUUCUGGAUCCUAUAUCUUGCUCGGAUAACAAGUUCGCGAGCCCCCUUCCCGAGUCCCCUCCCUCCGCCUUCCUGCCCAGCAAGAAGAGCAUUGGGCGCUUCCACCCCUACACCCGCUACGAGAACAUCACCUUCAACUGCUGCGAGCGCUGCAGCGGCGAGCUCAUCGUGCUGUAGGCCUGGGGUCUGGGCCAGCGCUGUGCUUCCGGAAAACUCCGAAACUCCGCCGAGCGCCCGGCUUAGGCCACCGGCGUUCUUUCUCCGGCAACCCCCCAGGCCACUGCCGAUUGGGGGGGAAGCACAGCGUGGCUUCAGAUUCCAGCGCUUUUGUGUAAGGGUACUCUGGAGAAGAGUGGUAUUGCACUGUGAGUGCGUGAGAAUUUAAUCAUUUAAUUGACUUUAAAUACAGAGGAGAGGCAGCAGGCUUGCACCUCCCUCUGAUCUGAGCGAUUAUUCACUGUGGAUCAGUGAGGUCCAUCUUUGUCUUUUACUUGACUAAUUGAGACACCACCAGCUGUAGUCAGAGGUGCAACCAUGCCUUUCGGUCACUGUUGAGUGGGGAGCUGCCCCUGCCCAGUCAAAAAGGUGCAGUUGUUUGACCCAGCAAUAUACUGUCUGUAAGACAGUGAUUUUCAAGAGGGUGGAUAUAUCAGUUGCUGUAAUUGUGUAUUUCAGUGUUAAAAUGACUAUUUAUUGAUCAACAUGACCUUAAAUUACUGUAGUGUUAUUGACAUGGGACUACAUUUCAUGAGUUUAGGUGAACUCUGAUCUGUAGGGAAAACCCUGUUUGUACCAAAUGCACUGUUUGAAACAUGUCGUGCAAGUAAGUUUUUUAAAGGGGACUUGCGUUCCCAGUUUGUAUAAAAGGUACUGUCUUCUACCACUAAGGGUUCUUGAUUUAUUUAGGCUGCUGAUGUGGGCUGUCCAGGUGAGAGCCCUUACUUGGGCUGGGUCACAUGUGGCUUUGAGGUCAAGUUUUUCCCCCCUUUGUGUUAAAAUGUGAUGCUGCAGUGGAAUUCUGUAUUAAAAACUGGGUUUUUUGUUGCAAGUGUACAGGCCUUCUGGCUCUUUGAUAAUAAAACCGAAUGGCAUUUCA